AUGGAUCAUUGGAGGAGCUAUGUGGACCUACCGGCACUGUACGUAAGCUGCUCAACGCUAAAUGACAUUGAUAUGUUUUCGUUUUCGCUUUUCCUGCCACAGAGUAUUCCGGUGGGAGCUAAAUGCGAAUUCUGCAUCAGAUACCUAUGUGAUGGUAAGGAAUAUUGGGAUAAUAACGCAUCCGCGAACUAUAUGGUGGAAUGCAAAACGCUGGACGAUGAUGAUGAUGAUGUUAAUUUAUUAUAG